AUGAGUAGGAGAAUAGCUAGAUCACAGGCAAGGAAGCUUGAGGAGGCCGAAGAAAGACAAGAGGAGGAAAUAAUAGAUGUUGAAGGUCGUUCAGAUUCGAUGCCAUUUCAGUCGAAAUAUUCUAUAGAACCACCUAAGAUAAUCGAUUUAUUUGAAAUGUCGUUUAAAAACAUUCUUGAUUCGGAAGACUUACAAAAACACAUACAGAGCGUGAAAGGAGACUUGUAUAAUAGGAACUAUAUGUCAGCAUUUGGCAAUGAUGAUAAAAGAUUUGCGUAUGCAUCGCGAUGGACUCCUGCGAGAGCAUUAUGCUAUUCUUCGUUAUUUGCAACAUUAGAGCCGAUAAGGUUGUUAUUAGAGAAACCAGAAGGUGAUAAGAGAGUGUUGUGUGUAGGUGGCGGUGCUGCAUCAGAAUUGGUUGGAUUGGCAGCGGUUUUUUGCAGAUUGAAAGAAUAUUGUUCAAAAUCAAAUUCGUCUUUGCAAUUAGAUAUUAUCGAUAUAGCAGAUUGGUCAACCAUUGUAGGAACAUUAACCAGCUAUGUGAAGGAGAAUUGGAUAUACAAUGCUGCUGGCUUCAAUACUAAUUUUAUACAUGAUGACAUUUUGACAGCAGAUGUUGCGAAACUAGACUAUCCAAAGUUAGAUUUAAUCACAUUGUUAUUCACAACGAACGAACUUUUCUGUGAAAAAAGAGCCCAAACCGUUCAAUUUUUGCAAUCUUUGAACACUCAUUGUCGAAAGGGAUGUUACUUGUUGAUUGCCGAAAGUGCUGGAUCGUACUCGAACAUAACCAUUGGGACAAAAAAAUUUCCAGUUCAAUUUUUAAUUGACAUGAUUCUUAUAGGAAAACCGGGUGAGAAUUCUGGCAGCUGGGAAAUAGUACAACAAAGUGAAAGCUGCUGGUAUAGAGUAAACAAAAAAGAAAUAGACUAUAAGAUGAAGUUAGAAAAUAUGAGAUUUUUCUAUAGACUAUACAAAAAGAAAUAG